AUGUGGGAAGCAUUGGCUUGCAAGUGUCCUGUCCUAGUUGUCUAUCCAUUCAUAUCCAAAUCUGGAUACCCACUACCCAGGCAUAGAAAUUCAGGCAACUGAACAUCUCCCAAAGAAGACAGAGUAUGUCCCAACUCAAGAAGGGCCUGUGUUGUGGCUUUCACAUCCAUAACCAUAAUGUAAGCUCACUCACACAGUCACCGGCUACUCUAUCUCUAUGCAACUCCACCAGUUACCAUACCCGAAAGCCGCCAUUAAAAAUGAGUCACGUCCACAUACCCAAUUCUCCACUUCAAUCAUUGAAGCGCAUGACACGCGUCAAACAACGGAGGAUGUUGAAACCUUUAUCAGCGGGUCUUCGCUUUCCAUCGCCACUAGACCUCACAGAAAACAACGUGAGACAGGUUUUGGUCGACGCUCGAGAGGAGCUGGGUCAGAUCUUUGACACUUCUGUUGGUAUCACAGGAGUGGUUGAACUGGCUGAGUUGGAUGGACCCUUCGUGAAGAUUAGCCUAAAGGGUCGGUUUUGGCACAAGCGUUCCACGGUCCUUGCCAGGGUCGGUAAUUAUCUUAAACAAAGGAUUCCUGAGAUUUUAGAGGUUGAUAUAGAAGACGAGAAACAGUUGGAUGAUAGUCCUGAGAAUUUCUAAGGUAUCCCGCACGGCUUGCUACUCUGUGUUGUUGGUUUCUUUUCUUUAUUCUUUUGUUGUAGUUGGUCUACGACUCCUCGAUUGCCUUACACGAGAAUUUGUUUAUUGUGGAUGAGAAACCA